AACUAGCUCAACUCAUCCUCUUACUGUCUUACAACGACACAUUCUCUUAGAACCACCAUUAUUUGCUUGCAAAGCUCCAAUGGCGUCCCAAAUUGAGAGCCACCGCUCCGGCGCAGAGGUCGUCAGCGGAGACGACGCCAUGUGCAGGAAGAAGUCUGUGGAGCUGCUGGAAGAGCUCAGCCUCCCCAAGGGUCUCCUUCCCAUGGAGGACCUCCAGGAAUUCGGGUACAACCGCGCCACAGGAUUCAUGUGGCUGGUGCAGCGGAAGAAGAAGGUGGAGCACACGUUCAAGAAGAUCAAGCAGACCGUGUCCUACGCGUCUGAGGUGACAGCCUUCGUCGAGAAGGGGAAGCUGCGGAAGAUCACCGGCGUCAAGACCAAGGAGCUGAUGCUAUGGUUGAGUGUGGUAGAGGUGUAUGUUCCCGAGACAUCGCCUGAGAAUGUCACCUUUAAGACCGGCACUGGCCUCUCCGAUAGCUUCAAUGCCGCUGCCUUCGCACUCGGGGAGUAAUCUAACUAAUGUCGGGGAGAAAUAAUGCCUGGUGCAGGAUCGUAUCAUAUAGUAUGUUGUCUUUCUUUCAUGUUAGCAACUAAUGUUCGUGAAGAAUUGGAGUAUGUUUGUGCAAUUUCGUUUUUUUAGUUUGUACCAUGUAAUGUUUUUGGCAAAAGGAAUUUCGCUUUAUAAGAAAGUUGUAACUAUCUUUUAUGUUUAUAUAUAUAAGUGCAUA